AUGUCUGACGACAAACAGCAGCAUGAAGCAACGGCCGACCAUGUCGAGUCCGGGACUGAGGAUACGCCGGCCAUUGUUGCAACAUCCUCACUAGCGGCCCGAUUCGAGGAACGUCAGCAUUCUCUCACGAAGAUAGAGUCCAUCAAGGAGAACAAAUGGCCACUCGUAUGGUGCUGCUACAUGUUCUUCCUCUGCAUCACCUGGGGCUUCGAUGGUCUAGCAGGCGGCAUCGUCGUUUCGAUCACCGAGUUCCGUAAAGACUUCGGCACGCCGUAUGAGGGGGAUUGGGUCGUAGACGCCAACUGGCAGCUCGGCUUUCAAGCAGCGACCAUCUUUAGCAUGACCUUGGGUGCAUUUGUCUCUGGCCUCGUUAUCAACCGGUGGGGUCGCCAGCCGGUCAUUCUGGUAGCAAGUGUCCUGUCAAUCGCGGGUGCGUUUCUGCAGUUCUUCUGCACGAACCUCACCCAGUUCAUUGGGGGAAAGAUUCUUACUGGACUUCCGCUGGGAGCUUUCACAUCAGCAGCUCCUACAUACGCUUUCGAGUUGGCGCCCCUGGCAAUUCGUGGCUCCGUUGCCGCGGGUACAAACUUCUCCAUCGUCCUAGGACAGCUCAUCGGGUACGCUGUAAUGCGCGAAGCCAGCCAAUAUGCCGAUGCACGCGCGUACAAGAUACUCUUUGCCACGCAAUGGGGUUUUGCGGCGGUGGCUCUCGCCUUCCUGCCCUUCUUCCCUGAAUCGCCAUACUGGUUGGUGGCGCAUGGCCGCGCUGAGAAGGCGAGGAAGAACCUGGAGAAGCUCCAUGGUACCUCCUACGACUACGACGGCCACAUGGCAGAGAUCCACGAAUCGAUUGCUCGCCAUAACCAGGACAACGAAUCCCAGGGGUCUUACGCCGAGUGCUUUUCCCAAGCAGCUUGGAAAAGAACAUUGGUCGCGACUAGCAUGUUCUUCAUCCAGAACGCGUCCGGUCCUGUCUGGGUCGUGGGUUACAUGAGCUACUAUUUCCAGCUGGCCGGUAUGAGUGCCGCCAAAUCUUUCGAUACGACCGUCGGCCUAGCUGGUCUGAUGGUUAUUGGAAACAUCGUCGGCUGGUUCUUUGUGGACUACUUCGGGCGAAGAGGAACCGCUCUCUACGGCGCCAUCAUUCUGACCGUCACGCUAUUCCUCAUUGGUGCUUCGUCGCUUGUGAAGACACAAGGUGCUGUCUGGGCCCAAGUCGUCUUCAUGGCGGUCUGGUCUUUCUUCUAUCAAGCAACCCUCGGCGCUGUCGGAUGGCCUAUCGUAUCCGAAGCUGCCACGAGUAAGCUGCGAGCAUCAACGCAGGCCUUGUCGGUGAUUACCAACGGUCUAGCCAGUAGUAUCUGGACGCUGAGUCUGCCAUACGCCAUUAAUCCCGAUCAAGGCAAUCUCGGCGGGAAAAUAGCGUUUGUGUUUGGCUCGACGCUGGCAGUUUGUAUCAUUUUCAUAUUUUUCAUGAUCCCUGAGACGAAGAAUCGCACCAACAUCGAGAUUGAUGAGCUUUGGAGUCGGGGCGUGCCACCUCGAAAGUUCAAGACGACGAUUCUCAUCACGCUGGGCGACAACAACGAAAGCAAGGUGGAUGAGACUCAGAAGCAUUGA